AUGGUCCUCGAGGAGGCGGUCGCCGAGGUGCUCCAAAAGACGCUCGGCGCCUACCUCGAGGGCGUCGACGCGGACAACCUCAAUCUCUCCGUCUGGUCGGGCGACGUGCGGCUGCGGUCCGUGCGGCUGAGGACGGAGGCGCUGGCGGCGCUGCCGGUGUGCGUGCUCCGCGGGACGGUCGGCGAGGUCCGCGUGGAGGUGCCGUGGCGCGCGCUCCGCUCCAAGCCCAUCAUCGUGCACGUCGAGCGGGUGCUGCUGCUCUGCGCGCCUCGCGACGGCGACGAGCCGUACGAAGAGGCGCUGGAGACGGCGGCGAAGCGGCAGGCGCGCGCCUCGCGGCUGGCGGUGCUCGAGGAGGUCAACGCGAAGCGCGGCGUCUUUGGCCGGAUGGGCGAGAGCAUGGGCCGAUCUCUCGUCGAGGGCCUGCUCAGGCGCGUCGUCGUGCGCAUCUCGGACGUGCACCUGCGGCUCGAGACGAAGGACCCACACCGCGGCCUGGUUGCGCUCGGCCUCACGCUGCGCUCGCUCCGCUUCGAGGCCGACAAGGAGGUGGCGGCCGCCGAGGGUUGCAAGCCCGACGGCGGCGGCUCUGCGCCCGUCUUCAAGCUGGGCUCGUGCGAGGGCCUCUCGCUCUACGUCUCGCCGGCGGCGAGGCCGGCGCUGCCGAGCGACGAGUCGCGCCGCUCCCUCGCGCCCGCGCCCGCGGACCCCGACUCCGCCAAGGCGCGCGACGGCGGAAGCGACGGGGACGACCGCGCGGACGAGGCUGACGAGGCGGCGCUCUACGACGGCCGCAUGUUCGCCCGGCUCGCGGCGCCGCCUGCGGGCGAGGUCGCGGAGCUGGACGAGGCGCCGGGGCGCGCCAAGCCGCAGCUCCAGGUCGCCGCCGACGCGCCGACGCUGCUGUCGCUGCACCUCUCGCGCUCGCAGUACGCCGCGCUGAUCGCCUUCACGGAGCGACUCGCCAUCUCGGAGCAGCGCCACUUCCUCCGCCCGUGCCGCCGCCCAACCAACCAGGUGGCGCACACGCCGCGGCUGUGGUGGCAGUACGCCGGCCGCGCCGUCGACGCGACGCUGCGCGCGAGGCCGGGCAUGCGGCUCCGCUGGCGCGCGCUGCUCGCUCGGCGGACCGCGCGGCUGCGCUACGUCGACGAGUACGGCCGCGCGCUGCGCCUGCGCGGCGGCGCGCGAGCGGAGGCGAUGGCGGCGCUGCUGCCACUCGAGGACGAGAUCGAGUCCGUCGAGGACCUCGGCGCGGUCAAAGGCGGCGUGCACGACGAGGACGGCGACGGCGACGGCCCUCGCAUCGUCUCCUUGGGCGAGGCGGAGCUGCAGCGCCUUCAGGAGGACCUCGACGCGGUGGCGGGCGAGAGCGCCGCCGCAGACGACGCGUCUCUCCCGCCGUGGUACGCAAAGCCCUUGGGCUUCACCUGCGGCAUGCGGCCAUCCGCCGGAGCCCAUGGCGGAAUCUCGCUCCGGCUCUGGCUCGGCUCGCUCCGCGCGUUCGACCUCGCGACGCCGUGGCCGUCGCUGCGCACGAUCGCGCGCUCCGAGCCAGGUGCGGGGGCCGGCGAGGGGGAAGGGGCCGCGGGAGGCGCCGUCGAGGGCGCCGCGGCGCCGUUCUGGGUCAAGGCGACGGCCGCCCUCGCGCGCUGGUCCAAGGGUCCUGUCGAGGACGACGAUGGCGGCGCCGGCGCGUGGGUCAACGUGUCGGUCGACACGGAGUGCGAGGGUGGAGAGGCGGCGCGGCUCCGCUGCAACGUCGGCAGGCUUGUUGUGCUCGUCUCGCCGACCAUGCUCGCGGCGCUUCUGCGUUUCGUGACCCUCCCUCCCUCGGAAUGGGCCGCCGCCGCCGCGCUCAGUGCCGCAAGCAAGACGGCGGGCCGAUCGGCCGUCGCCACGGCGGCGCUCUUCCUGCAGCAGCAAGUCGCUUCCGUGUGGGGCGACCGGCCGCUCGACGCGCGGAUCACCCUGUGCGCGCCGACGCUCUUCUUGCUGGAGCCCGCCCCCGCGACACGCCCCUCGACCCCGCUCGCGGGCGCGGCGGCGGCAGCUCCUACGGCGGAAGAGGCAGCGCUCAGCUCGCUGCCGGGGCUGCGCGGCGACAGCAUCGCCGAGGCGGAGCGGCAGAUGACGGCGGGGCAGGCCGCCUCCAAGCGAGGCCAGCUCGAGGAGGCCCGCGAGUGCUUCCUCGGAGCGGUGGCGGCGAGCGACCGCCCCGACGCGGUCAUCGCUGCCGCGAGUAUGGCCAUUCGCCUCGCGGAGAAAGAGGGCGGCGGAGGUGCUGCCGCCGCCGGCGAGUGGUGCAUGGCCGCGCUCGGCGAGCUCACCCUCGCGCUGGCUCGGCCCGAGCUCACCGACGACGACAGAAGCUCGGUGGAGUCGAUGCUCGCGUCUGCGGCGGCGCUGGCGCAGCGGCGGCUCGAGGGUGGGUGGCGGCCUCCGCUGGCGCUCCGGUCUGUCCACAUACAGCUGGGGGCGCUUUUGGUGUCGACCGACGCCGAGGCGCUGAUGAGCUUGGCCGAGCUCGGGAUGGGGGGCGAGGAGGCGGAGGCGGAGGCGCCAGCGGCAGCACGGCCGGGCGAGGCCGUGGCCAGCCCUACGGACGAGAGGGCGGCGACUUCGAGCCUCUCUCUCUGCGUCCAGCUCGCCGGGGUGCGUGCCGCUCUGAUGGGGCAGGCGGAGCCGGCGGUGCUGCUCCGCACGGAGGGGGGGGGCGGCGUCUUGCCGCUCGCGGACCGGUGGGGGCGGCUGCAGCAGCGCGUCGCGCCAAAGACGGCCGGGCGGGACUCGAGCGCCGCUCCGUCGCCCGACUCCUCUGCUCCCGACUCGCCGGCUUCUCCGCAGCGCUCCUCGCCGCCGCUGCUGGCGCCUAUCCACGCGCAGUUUCGCCUCGCCGCGCUGCUGACGCCCGCGGCGCUCGGCGCCCCGCUGCUCGACGGCUCGCUGCGCGGCACCGACGAGCAGUACAACUCGCGCCUCGGCGUCUGUUACGUUGAGGUGAACCAGUUUGAGCUGCUCUACUCCCGCGGCAGCGAGGCUGCAGACGCACGCCUCGCUCGCGUCGACUUGUCGCGCCACAGGCUGGUGCAGGCGGGCCCAGCCGCCUUCGAGCUGGUCUCCACUCACGAGCUCGGCUCGCUGCUCGGCGCGGCCUCGGGCGUGCGCUUGCGCUGGGCCUUGCACCUCGCCGCUCCGAGCCCCUCGCUUGCCGCGCGCUGGAUGUCUUCCAUCGCCGCAGCGCAGCUGUGGGUCGCCGCGCCGGUGGCGCCGCCUUCGUCUCCAACCUCCGAGCACGAGGCGCGGCAGCAGCUGCUCCGCUUCACCGCCUCGGUGCCGCGGCUGCGCGUGAGCUUGCUUUUGGCGACGCGUGCAAGCAGCGGGCGCACCGACGCCCUCUCCUUCACGGCCGAAGGGCUCGAGGCGACGCUCUCGGCGAGGCCUCACGACAUGGCGGCUUCGGUCUCCCUCGCAUCCAUCGCAGCCGUCCUGUCCGCCGCCAACGGCACCUCGGCGCCCGUCUUCACCACGGGCAGCCAGUCGGGGGACGACGUCGCACCGCUCGGCUCGGGAGGUGCCGCGGUCGAGCUGUCUGCGCGCGGGGUGCUGCCAGCGUCACCGCUCUGGCCGACCGUCUCGGCGCUGCUUUCCCUCGACGGCCGGUUGGCGCCACUCGCGCUGCAUGCCCCUUUGCCGUCAUGGGAGCGAGAGGCGGACAAGGACACGGGCAACGUGUGGCUCGCUGCUGCGGCGGACAAGGCGGCACUCGCCGCGAGGCUCGCCUGCAAGCGCCUGUCGCUGCAGCUGCACGAGGCCUGCGAGCUGCAGACGCCCCCGCCGUCGCCGCGGCUGUCCACGAGCUCCCCCGCCUCCGCCGGUGGCAGCGACGAGGGGGCGGGGUGGGUUGGCACCCCGCUCUGCGAGCUCGUGCUGGCGGAGCAAGACGCGAGUAUCGAGCUCCGUCAGUCGGGUUACGAGCUGCGCGCGGCUGUGCGUGGCCUCGAGGUGCUCGGGCCGGCGGACGCAGUCUGGGGUGAGGAAGGCGGAGAGGAGGCGGAGGGCGACGAGGUUGGGGAUAUCACGCCGGCGGUGCAGCCUCACUCGCCAGCGGCCGAGGCGGCCGUCGCGGCUUUUGCCGAAGCCGGAGCUUCUUCGGCUCGUCGCAGCAGCGCCGCCGUGCCGCGGCCUGUGGUCGCGGUGGUGGCGAUGCUCCCGAGCGCAGGUCCCUCGGACUCGCUCAGCGACGACGGCAGCGGCAGCGAGGGCGGCGAUGGCACGUUGGGCGAAGACGGUGAGGCCGCAGACAAGCGGAGCUUGCUCUGGCUCGCGGCGCGCUCGCUCUCGACGGUGGUGGACGAGGCGGCGGAGCGGAAGGGCCCGAGGCACGAGCACGAGGCAAUCCUGCACCUGCGUCCCGUGAGGCUGCUCGCCCCGUUGCCAUACGUCGCCCGCCUCCAAAAGUGGCUCGACGUCCACCUGUCGCAAACGGUGGCGGUGGCGGCGGCUGCCGCCGCCGAAGAGGCCAUGGUCGCCGCUUCCCAAGCCGUUGCCGAGGUGGCGGUCGCCGCUGCCACGUCGGCCCACUUGCCCAUUCGCUUCUCCCUCCACCUCCGCGGCCCGCUGCUCGUCUUGCCUGCGCCUCCCCCUCCGCGCGCGCUCGCGCUGCCGGCUGCGGCCGCCGCUCGGGUGGCACGAGUGGCGGCGCGCCGCGGUGCCGUGGUGUUGCGCUUUGGCGACCUCGUCUUGUCCAACGCCCUCGUGCCGCCAAAGCCGGCGCCGGGCGAUGCGGCGGGUCCCUCCGACGCACCCGCGCCGCCAAAGGAGAGCGCGCACGAGAUGAUGCGUGUCGAGCUCUCGCGCACCGCGGUGUUUGCCUCAGCCGACAGCCGCCACUUGCUGGACGCGCUCUGGAUGCCGCGGCAAGAGAGCGAGUCGGGCCGCAGCUCGGCGACGGCGGAGCUCCAGCGCGCGCUCACGGCGGGCGACGAUAGCGACGGCGUCGCGCGGCUGCAAGGUGUCUCCGUGACGCUCCUCGACGACGCGGGAAGCGACGCUUGUCUGCCGCUGGCUCAGAUCAACAUCUCGACCGUGCGCUCCGUCAUCGUCGCCAAGCGCGGGGGUCGGGCCGCCGAUCAGGCGAACGCCGACCUCUCGCUGACGCUCACCGCCCGCCACUUCAACCCCACCAACGGCGCUUGGGAGCCGCUGCUCGAAGCCUUCUCGCCGCGCCUUCGCUGCACCGUCGGUGCCGCCGCCGUUGCGGUGGCGGCGGGGGCGAGCAGUCCAAGCAAGGGCCAGUCGAUCGAGGUCUUCGUCAGCGCUUUUGAGCCUCUCAAGCUCAACGUGACGCACGCUCUGCUUCACUCGCUCGUCGGCGCGCAGGAGCUUCUCGACUCGGCAGUGCGCAACUGUACGCCGCUGCCACUUGCGGUCCGGAGCAUCCGCGACGCACGCGUCGUGCGCGCCUCGAUCGAGCGCGAGCCCUCCUUGCGAGCGACUGCUAGCGGCGUGGCAGGCGGCGUGGCGGGCAGAUCGUGGCUGGUGCAGCCGGAGUCCUCCCUGAGCCUCUCGCUCGCGGCGGAGGCGGAGGCGGGCGCCAGCGCCGGGCCGCUCGGGGAGGGCGCUCCACUCGAAGCCGCGCGCGAGCAGCAUGAGGCGACGCACGAGGCGUCGACGUCGCAUUGUCGCCCGCUCGUGGCUGCGGCGGGCCGUGGCGACAAAAAGCAAGUGCACGAGCUGCUCCGCCGGUACGCCUUUCCGGACUCAAUCGACGCGCGCGGCUGGAGCGCCGCACACGAGGCGGCGCGCGGCGGCUGGGACCCGUGCCUCGCCGCAGUGCUGGACGCGGGAGCGAACGCCGACAUCGUGUCCGAGAACGAGAGCCUGGAGCGGCCGCUGCACCUCGCGUGCCAGGCGGGCUCUGCGGCAUGCGUCCGGCUGCUGCUGCGGUCGAGCGCCGAUCCGGCUGCCGCGCGGGCCGACGGGCAGACGCCGCUUGCGUUGCUGACGCCGCUGCAGGCCGAGGGGUCGCUCGGCAAGGAGCUGCGCAAGGCGCUUCGCUCCCGGCUCGCAGGGCCGACCGCGUCCUUCUCUACGGCGGAGAUCGCCCAGGCGUCGGCGGGCGGCUAUGUAGACAUCGUCUCGCGCUGCCUCGACGCGCGCGCCGACCCGAGCUCGUCCGACGGCUCGCUGUCCGCGCUGAUGCUCGCAGCCUCUAACCGCCACCUCCCCGUCGUGCGGCUGCUCCUCUCGGCGGGCGCCGCGUUGCUGAGCGCGGGCGCCGACCCCGCGGCGGAGGACGAGGGCGGCGCGAUGCCGCACGAGCUCGUCUCGAGCUGGCGCACUUCAGAGGCGACGGAGGUACGCGCGGCACUGCGCGCCGCGCUCUCGCGUGCCGUCCUCGCAGAGGGGUGGGUGACCAAGCUCGGGACGGAGCGGAAGGUGUGGCGGCGGCGAUACGCGCUGCUGCUUAACGAGCAGCUGCGGUACUACGGCGACGAGGAGCUGAAGGAUCUGCGCGGGGCCGUGCACCUCGCCGACUGCGAGAACGACCCCACCUCUCCGUCGCGCUACCCGGGCGCGCCCGGCCCCUACUCGCUCGAGCUCGCGACGAUGACGCGCACGCUCGUCCUCGUCUUUGGGUCCGCCGCCGAGCUCAACACGUGGAUGGCGCGCCUCGUCGAGAUGAGAGCGCGCCGCGGGGCGCUCGGCGCACUCGCUGAGGGCGGCGGCGGUGCCGAGGCGGCGGCGCCGCUGGAGGAGGAGGAGCCGGGUGAGCGACUGGUCGGGGUGGCGCUGCAGGGAUUCCGCGAGGUAAUCGUCGACAUGGGCCGCCUCGGCGUCUCGUCGCACGUCAUGCGGCCCCUCCCGCCGCCGACGGAAGCGAGCACACCGCCGCCGCCACCGCCGCCCCAGCUGGUCGAGGUGUUCGACUUUUGGAACGCCGAGCUGCGCCAGCUCACCUUCCACGCCGGCGACCCGUGGGCGAUUUCCGGCGGCGGGCGCGAGGAGCGCAAGGGGCUGCAGUUCGUCGCGCUUGCUUCCGAGGCGCCGGGCGCAGUUCCCGUCUACGACUGGUGGUCAGAGCGACACCGCCGGCUGACGCUCCACCCGCCGCCGGCGUGGGAGGGCGAGACGCGCCGCGGGCUGCAGUUCUACGCCUUUGCGCAGCCGGCCGGGGGCACGGUGGCGGUGCACGCCUACUGGAACUCGUCGCUCAAACAGAUGACAGUGCACGCGGGGCCGCCGUGGGGGCACGAGGAGCGCACGACGCCGCACGGCACCAUCCUGCACGCCUAUCCCAACCGCGCUGCUGCGCCGGCGGGCUCCACGGUGAGCAAUGUGCUGGGCCGGCCUGUGCUGCUGGGGAUGGACGAAGGCGCGGGCCGCGAGGCGGGCGACGGCACGGGAGAAGAGGCCAGCGGCGCGGGCGACGUCACGGAGCUCGCCGACGCCGACAAGCAGCCGCUCCCUCUCCCCUUCACCCGCGGAGGCUCCAAGGCAGCCAUCGACAAGCUGCGCAUCCGGCCCGACGACGCGGGGUACGAGUGGUCGACGCUGCGGCUGCUCGACGAUGGUAGCGCCCUUGCCGUGUGCCAGCCGAGGCCGUCCGCGGGUGGCGAGGGCGCAGCAGGCGGCAGCGCCCCGACUGUCCCGUGGCUGUGCUGCGUGCACGUGGCGACCGCCGUGGCCGAGGGCGGCGCGGCGCUCGGCACCGCUGCCGAGGCGGAGCGGCGGCGAGCGGAGCUGGCAGCCUUUGGUCUGCCGCACGGCGAGGUCCUGCUCGAGGCGAUCUCGUGCACAGGGCGCGCGGGCUCGGCGAUCGUGCCCGCGCCCGGCUGGCUCUACCUCACGCGCUCCUUCCUCUGCUUUGGCUCCUCGAUCGCUCACGUGCGCGUGCAGGCGCCGCUGGAGAAGGUGCAGGUGCACGCCGGCUCGUCCGGCGUCCUCGUGGCGCACUGUGUGGAGGUCGUGCUGCCGCGCGGCCAGACGCUCUCCCUCGGAUUCGGCUCGCACAGCCGCCGCGAGGAGGCGCUCGGUCAGAUGCGGCGCGCACGGCAACGCGCCACCAUCGAGGCCACCUCGGGACUCGCGCGCUGGCGACCGCUCUCCAUCUCGCUGCGUCCACCGCUGGCGUUGCUCUCGCUGCUGCCGGCGCCGCUGCAUGUCACGGUCCGUCGCGCAAACUCGGCGCGCGCAGACGAGCGGCAGCGCUGGGGAUCCACGGCCGGCGGCGGCGAGGAGAUGCAGCUGCUCGCCGGCGAGCCGCGCGCGAUCUUUUCGCUCCACGCGCUCGAGCCCCUGGAGCUCGCUUGCUGGAUCGACGAGUCGGCGCCGCGCCCCAACGGCCGCGCCUCCUCGUACGAGCGCGCGACGCUGCGCGGUCGCCUCGCUGCGGUGCGGAGGCCCGCCGCCGGACACGCAGAGUGGCGCGAGCUCUGCCUGCACUCGCCCGCGGCGGGCGGCUCGGCCCGCACGGUGCGGCUUCAGCUCGGCGUCGCCUCGGACGAGGGCGGCUCAACCACGCUCACCUUCGUGGCGCCGCGCACGCUGCACAACCGCACCGACUACCACCUCGCGCUGUACGACGCCGGCGGCUCGCGCCCCGGCCUGUCGACCUCCUUCUCGGUCGAGGCGGUGGGCAACGAGGCGUGCGUGGAGGUGAGCGACGAGCGGGGCGCCGCGAUGGAGCUGGCAGGCGUCGCCACCGCCGGCGGCGUCAUCGCGCCGGGCUGCGACGCGCCAAUCUCGUGGCAGUCGCCCGGGGGGACGCGGCAGGUGAGGGUUCGCCUCGCCGACAGCUCGACACUGUGGUCGGAGCCGUUCGCGCCGGGCUCGGACGGGGAGCACCUCAUCAAGCUCCGGCGGCCCGGGCGAGGGAGGAGCACCGAGGACCGAGUCACGGCCGCCGUUCCCGCCACCUACCUGCGCUGCUCGGUCCGCCUCGUCGGGCCUCGAGCGGUGCUGCUCCUUCGCCCGCUCGGCGGGACGCGCCGCUCUGCUCCGCGGCUGCCCUACCGGCUGGUCAACCGCACGCCGCUCCUCGUGGCGGUGCGCGAGGCCGGCUGCCGACACUACGACCUCCUCGGCGCGCGCGAGUCGAUCGGGUACGCGCCAGACGUGCCCGGUGCGCCGUGCGUGCUCAGGGUCACCAUCCUCGACGCCUCUGCCGGCUCGGCCGUCUCCCUCGACGCGCCGCUCAGCCGCAGGGACAUGGGAGGGGGCGGCGCCUCGUCCGAGGAGCGCCACCUCGGAGUGCCGGCCGCCGAGCGCCUAGGCGGUGGGCCCGCCGACGAGCCGCUGCUGCUGGGUGCGCCGUGCGAGCGCCUGCUGUCGGACGGCGAGGGCCAUCCCGGGUGGCUGCUGCUCACCUCCGCCUCCGUCUCCUUUCUCCCGUUCGACCCGACGGUGCCAGAGGCCGCAGCGAUGCGCGCCACGCGUGCCAGCGCGGUGCAGUGCAAGCUGGGAGAUGGCGAGGCAGGCGGUGGGGCCGCCAGGGCGGACGGGACGCGCGAUCUCGUCCUCAGCACCUCUGGCGACGGGCUCGGCCAUUGGCACGGGGAGGAGGUGCGGCUGCAUGGGAUCGGCGACGGCGAGGAGGUGAUGGCAAGGCUCGCCGUGCUCGCGGCCGCUGCUUGCGCUGGCGAGGAGGCGGCGGCGCUGCGGCGGACGCUGCCUUCGCGGCAGCAGCGGCGCCCCCUCGGCGACGGUUUCGCCGAAGGUCUGGUCGAGGUGUCCGACUUUUGGAACGCCGAGCUGCGCCAGCUCACCUUCCACGCCGGCGACCCGUGGGCGAUCUCCGGCGGCGGGCGCGAGGAGCGCAAGGGGCUGCAGUUCGUCGCCUUCACGAUAGCCGCCGAGGCAGAAAAGGGCAGCACGCUCCACUUUACGCUCGAUGGCGUCCACGUGGCAGUCGAUGCCGAGGAGCUUGUUCCCGUCUACGACUGGUGGUCAGAGCGACACCGCCGGCUGACGCUCCACCCGCCGCCGGCGUGGGAGGGCGAGUCCCAACGCGGGCUGCAGUUCUACGCCUUUGCGCAGCCGGCCGGGGGCACGGUGGCGGUGCACGCCUACUGGAACUCGUCGCUCCUGCAGUGGACGACGCACGCGGGGCCGGCGUGGCGGGACGAGGAGCGGCCCGUCCCUCUCUUUCACGCUCUCCCAGCGCCGCUUGCACGCGCCGCCCUGGCUCGAAUUCCGCCGGAGCACCGCCAGCCUGCGGCGGCGCGGCGGCUAUGCGCGGCGACGCGCGGCGCCCUAGUCCGUCAGAGAGCACACGCCGCUCGCGUCGAGCGCGACGGGCGAGACGCUCGCCGUGCCGUCCUCGGUGGCAGCGCAUCGCUACCGCUCGUCGGUGCUGGCCGUCGGCCGCAGAACUCACCCGCCUUGGUUACCGCGGUGCGGGCGGGCGACCGCUCCGAGGUCGAGUCGCUGCUCGCCGGCGGGGCGAGCGCUGACUCGAGCGACGGGGGGCUGCCGGCGCUGCAUGCGGCGUGCAUGCACAACCGCACCGAGCUGCUCCCGCUCCUGCUCGCGGCGGGCGCCGACGUGGAGCGGCGCUCUGCCGACGCGGGUCGCGGGACGCCGCUGCACGCCGCGCUCCACUCUCCCCUCGCCUCGGGCGCCGCCGCCAUUGUGUUGCUCCUCCGCCACGGCGCCGACCCCACCGCCACUCGCGCCGACGGCCUUACCGCCGCCGCGCUGGCGACGGGCGCGAGCGUAGACGCUGCGUGUGAGAACGAGCGCGGCUCACGCCCACUCCACUGCGCCGCGGCAGCCGGCUCGGCGAGCUGCGUGGAUGCCCUCCUUCGCGCGGGCGCGGAUCCGCAGCGCGCCGACGGCCGCGGCUGGCUCCCCGCCGAGGUGGCGCCACCGAGCGGGGCCAUCGCACGCAGCCUCCUGAUCGCAGCCAUGGCCGCCGCGCAUGAAGGGGCGACCGAGGCGCGCACCACCUGGCGCCGCUCUGCUGCGGCUCCGUUCCGCGCCGCCGCGGCCGGAAGCCCUUCUGCUGGCUCUCCAGCGACCGUCUCCACGAGGCUGUCCAGCGAAGGGCCUACCGGAGUGCUCGCCAUCCUCGGCGGCGGCGGCGGCGGGACCGCCCAAUUGCCUCAGCAGGAGGACGCACCGGCGGCGGCAGGCUCGCUGGCAGGGGGCGAGACGCCCGGCGGGGGCGGCGUGCGCUACUCGCUGCAGCUCUCGUUGGCGGGCGUCGGCGUCGCGCUGGUCGACGAGGAGCCGCAGGAGCUCGUCUACUCCUCGCUCAGCGCCGUCGAGCUCAGCGCCGUCGCCACCGACGCGGAGCAGAGCGCCCACUUGAGCAUCGGGCACGCGCAAGUCGACUGCUGCGUCGAGGCAUCCAAGCACCCAGUCCUCCUCGUUCCGGUCGCGCCGCCGACCGAGGCGAGGGCCGACGGCGCGGCGCCGCCACCGACGCUGCAGGCGAAGGUGCGGCGGCGCAUGGGCUGGGAAGGGAUGCUCUUCCUCGACUACCUUAGCGUCGGAGUGCAGCCGCUCGCCAUCGCGCUCGAGCAGAACCUCGCCGCCCGCCUCUUCCGCCUCGCCGCCCACCUCCCUGCCGCCGGCGCCGCCAGCCUUGACGGCAGCGCCACCGGCGCCGAGGCGUCGCUCGCAGAGCUCUUCCCCGCGGACGCGGCGGCGCGGGACGACAGCGAGCCGCCCGCCGAGAUCUUUGUGCGAGAGCUGUCGAUCCACCCGGUGAGCGCCGCGAUGACGCUGCAGAUGGAGCCGCUCUGCGACGACCCCUCCCUCCAGCGGUACCACCCCACGCACGAACUCGUCGGCUUGGCGCAGCAGCUCCUCUCCCUCCGCUCGGCGACGCUGCAGCUCGACUCGCUGCACCUCGACGACGCGCGCUUCGCCUCGUCGUCGACGCUGGCCAACCGCAUGAACGCGCACUACCAGCAGCAGGUCGUCAAGGGCAUCUACAAGCUGAUCGGCUCGCUCGACCUGCUCGGCAAUCCCGCGGCGCUCUGGAGCGACAUCGGCGGCGGCGUCCGCACCUUCUUCUACGAGCCCUCCUCGGGGCUCGUCACCAAGGGCGCGGGCGGGUUCGCCGUCGGCCUGGCCAAGGGCACGAAGGGCCUCGCGGGCGGGGUCAUCGGCGGCGCCGGCGCGACCGUCUUUGGCGCGGCGUCGGGACUGACCAAGCUGGUUGGCGACGCGGCGGGAGAGCUCGCCUUUGACGAGGCGUUUGCGCUGCGCCGGCGCGAGCAGCAGCAGGAGAGCGCGGAGAACACGGGCGUCGGCCUCGUCAUGGGCCUCGAGGCGGUCAUGGGCGGCGUGGUGGAGGGGGCGACGGGCGUCCUCUCCAAGCCGCUGCAGGGCGCGCUCGACGACGGCGCCAAGGGGUUCGUCAAGGGCCUCGGCCGCGGCCUGCUCGGCGCGGCGGCAAAGCCCCUCUCCGGCGUGGCCUCGCUCGUCUCCAAGACCGCCGAGGGCCUUGCUGCGGACGCCAAGGACUUUGCCUCGCGCGGCGACAAGGCGUUCCUCAAGAUGCGCGUCCGCCAGCCGCGGCUGAUUGGGCCCGACCGGGUCUUGCUGCCUUACCCCCGCAUGCCGCCGCUGCUCAAGCUCAAGGCGGGAGGCGAUGGCGCCACCGCCGGCGCGCCUCCCGUGAGCCGCAGCGCGUCCAGCCGGCAGCAGCAGCACAUUGCGAUACCGCCCAAGGGCGGUCGAGCCACCACGGUCGUCACUGUUGCGGAGGAGGGGUGGACUGAGAGAUAG